UCCUGGCCAAACCCCAAUUGGCGGAGCCAGGAGAUUAAAUCUUCACCCUCGGGGCUCCUCCAGAAACAACGAAAGCCACUAUGGAUGGUCACGUGGAAUGUUCGAACGCUCACUGCGGAGGAGAGGCUGCCACUCCUUUGUCAGGAGCUGGAUCGGUACCGCACACACACACACAGACAUACAGACACACAGAUGAGACACAACAUACAUCCGUCCUCGGGCCGUGACGUCAUAUCCGCUUCCGCCCAGUGUGCCGUUGGAGCCACGCUGCGAGCUGCGUGCUGAGGAGCGCCUCUCUGCACGAAGCCUCCUGGAGCCUCUCCCGGAGCAGUCACCAUGGAGGCUCAUGGGCUGCACAGUACCUCACGCACCCUCGUGGCGCUGCUCGUGACGAGCUACGCGUUCCUCACGUCUGGGCUCACGGAGGAGAAUUUCUCCCCGAACUGGCUGGUUAACCUGGGGGGAGCCUGGGAGGUCCAACCGCCACAGGCCGGGCAGCCUCUACCUCUCGCCAAAGCGACCGUGGCUGUCCACAUCAGCGACCGGCUCGCAGAUCACGAAGCCAAGAGGGAGCCUCGAGUCGCUUCCUCUCCCAGCCAUGGCGUGGAGGUUCCCCAAGGAGGAGGAGGAGAAGACGACGACCCAGCUCCCUUAGGGUGGAAGACCUUCAUGGAGAUGCUGCACAGCAGGCCGGUGGCCAUCGCCUACGAGGUGGCGAGUGCAGGGAUCGCCCUCCUCAGCCUCGGAGUGUGGCUGAAGAAUGCAGUGUGGCGUCCGCGACCUCCUGCCAUGCCAGCGAUGGCCGUCCACACCACCAACCUCCCGAAACAAAAGGCUCGGUCGAACUUGGCCGAAAUGGUACCUCAAGCAGCUUCUUCUUUAGGCUGUUGGAUGACGGUUCCGCAAGAUGGAGAAUACCCGUCUCCCUCAAGGUGGACGACCUUGAUGAAGAUGCUGCACAGUGGGCCGGUGGCCAUCACUUACCACGUGGAGAGCACGGGGAUCACCAUUACCAGCCUAAGAGUCUGGCGGAAGAAUCAACUGUUUUAAACAGAAGUCAUCGCAACGUGGACGAGUUUAUCGAAGCCGCCACAUGAGAGGAUCCAUGUGGAAAUUGGCUCGGGGCAAGCGCCACCCCAUGAAAAUCAAGAGGACUCACAGAUCCCUCAAGACUCAGCUGGAUGGCUGCUCCAUGAUGAAUAGCUCACCAACACUUAACAGCGCACCCACCAACAGCACCACUCCUACCAACACCAGCACUCCUACCAACAGCACCACUCCUACCAACACCACCAUGACAAACCCCACCCCGACCAACAUUGCUAUCUCGACUAACACCAUCACACUUUCAAAUACCACCACCUCUACCAAUACUACCCUGACUAACACCACCACCUCUUCCACCCCUACAAACCCUACCAACAACAUCUUCUCCACCUUCACCACCACCAGGACCGACACCAUUACCCCAGCUGAGCGUGAGUGGUGUCACCUCAUGAUCAUGGCCCGCACCAAUGCCCGCUGCACUACAAUAAGCUCAAUUAUCCCUACCAGCUCAACCACCAACUCCCCCGCUCCUACCAACUCCACCACCUCGACCAAUCCCACGCCUAUCAACAUUACCUCCUCUACCCUCACUACCACUCCCAGCCACAUCACCCCAGCUGAGCAUGUGUCCAGCCUCAUGAUCAUGAGGGAAAAGAGAUCACUCUUCAUGGCCCGGAUCAAUGCCUGCUCCACCACUCCUACCAACUCCACCACCUCUACCAACCACACACCUACUAACACUACCUCCUCUACUAACCCAACCCUGACCAACAUCACUUCCUCUACCCUCACCACCACUCCUUCCCACAUCAUCACCCCAGCUGAGCGUGAGUCCCGCCUCGUGAUCAUGAGGGCAAAGAGACCACUCUUCAUGGCCCGGAUCAAUGCCUGCUCCACCACUCCUCCCAACUCCACCACCUUUAGAAUCCGCACACCUACCAACACUACCACCCCUCCCAACACCGCUACCCUGACCAAACGCAACUACUCCGACGAACACCACCACUCCUACCAAAACCAACCCUAUCAACGCCAACCCUAUCAACACCAACCCUACCAACACCAUUAUUCUUACUACUACCCCUACCAACACCAACCCUACCAGCACCAAUCCUACCAACACAAUGACUCCUACCAAUACGACCACCCCAACCGACACCAUCACUCUUCCCAACAACAGUCCUAUCAAUGUUACCUAUCCUACAAACGCCAACUCUAUAAACACCUUGACCCCUACCAACACCACCACCACCCCAAAUAAGAAAUAAUACAAAAUAAAUAACAUUACAACAUCGCUGCACCCUUUGCAUGUUAGCGUGCUGCGCUACGAAGCCGGCGACCGGAGUUAAAUUUCCGCUCAUGGCCAACACCAGUGAUCGACUCAGUCUCAAAUUAGUGCCUGGUACUCAUUUAGCUGAGGCUACCUCGCAUGCCAGUCUGUUAAAUCUUUACGGGGGAUCUUUGUCUUUGACAUAUCUGU